GCAAAUAAACUUGGAUCUGAUCAAUUGUGAGCUGGGGAUUCUGUCUGUUUCAUUUAAGACCAGAACUUUACAACCUCUGGGUAGCAGACAGAUAAAGAUAAUUUAAAUUUAUGAACAUUGAUUACAAAAUUACUUACCAAUUUGGUCCUUCGAGCGGAUUUCCAAAAUCUGUCCCUGUCGUCCGAAGAUAACACGCCGAAAACCGUGCACAGGCGGGUCGUUGACCCGUAAAUUCAAGACCUGUCCCCUGAAAUUGGGGUUCAAUAACAGGCCUAAGGUCGACAGAGACGGUGACGGAAUCUCACGAACAUUGCUUUUCCCAGCAUACAAACAAGCUAGCAUGUGGCUCCUGGAGAAGUUCCGUGGCCCUCACAAUGGUCACUCUGCAUCGGCAGGGGACAAGCAGCAGAACCCGACUGGCCCCGUCUCCGUCUAUAACAACAUCAUCACCCCUGAUAAGAUCCCUGACUUCUUCAUCCCCCCCAAACUCAUCUGCUGCCCUUCAGAGGCAGAGUGCCUAACUCCGGAGACCCAGCCCCGCUCUACUCUGUGCCCCUCUGCCUCGGAGCACACCAUCUGUAGCCAAACCCAGGGCAACUGCACCAGGAACCCCCGCAGCCCACGUCUGCUCUCCCGGCUGACUGGGGACACCCGCAGCCUCUUGAGGGCCGCUAACCGCCACGUCAUCCAGAUAGAGAGCGCUGACGACCCGGGGAGCGAGGUAGGGGAGGGGGGAGACCCUAACACCAAUGCAGACCCCCAGUCCCAGACAGCCAUGUCCCUGCCUUACGUCCCCAAAGCCCAGACCUCGUACGGUUUCUCCACGCUGGUGGAGAGCCCCCACACCCGCCGCAAGGAGUCCCUGUUCCACAGCAACCCCAACAGCCCCCACACCUCCCCGGGCUCCCAGAGACGCACCCAGGGUGGGAACCACCUGACCCCCUCCGACCCCAACCCCUACCGCUAUUUCAGCGGGGGUGAGAGCGACACGUGCUCCUCAGCCGAGUCCUCCCCCUUUACCUCCCCUCUCCUCACCCGCUCUGCCUCCCUCCUCCGAUCCAUCACCCAGGAGACGCAGGCCAAGGUGUCUCGUGCCAAGCGUACCCUGGCGCGCCACAGCUCCCUGUCCACAGACGAGUGCAGCUCAGCCGACAACAGCCCCAACCUGACACGCCGCCGCCUGCGCUGCCCUCCCUCCCCCGCCUUCCGCGGACGCAAGGGGACCGGCUCCGGGGGGGCAAGUUCAGACCUCCAGCGUGAGCACUCGGUCAACCUCCACAAGGGCGGCACGCUGAGAAUCAGCAUGCACUACGACGCCGAAACGGCCCGGCUGAGGGUCCGAGUGCUCGCCGCCGAGGACCUGUAUGACAAACAGACGGACGUGAAGAGCAUCAACUGCUGCGUGUCUCUGUACCUGAACCCGGGCAAGCAGCAGAAGCAGAGGAGCACUAUCAUCAAGAACAGCAGGAACCCCGUGUUCAACGAGGACUUCUUCUUUGACGCGGUGCCCGUCACCCAGGUCAAGAGCCUGGCCAUGAAGAUGAAGGUGGUGAACAAGGGGACCAGUCUGAAGAGAGACCUGCUGCUGGGGGAGAGGGAGGUGCUGCUCAGCGACCUGCUGCCAGGCUUCUAGGGACACAAACAUGCUCCCUCCGCUGGUUAUCUCCCUUAUCACUCUUCACUCGUUUACCCCAUUUGCCUGAUCUGAUAGGGAAUCAAUUAUGGUGGGCACUAAGUAGAGCUAUUGCUUCACAGUUCAACUACCAUAGGUUAUCUACCACAGUUCACCUACCACAGCUCACCUACCACAGUUAACCUACCACAGCAGACCUACCACAGCGCAUUUACCACAGCACACCUAACACAGUUCACCUACCACACCACACCACAGCACCCCUACCACAACAUACCUACCACACCACAGCACACCUACUACACCGCACCUACCACAGUACCCCUACCACACCACAGCAGCUACCACACCUAACACAGCCCCCUACCACACCACAGCACCCCUACCAUAGCUCACCUACCACAGCUCACCUACCACAGUUCAACUUCCACAGUUCACCUAACACAGCCCCUACCACACCACAGCCCCCUACCAUAGCUCACCUACCACAGUACCCCUACCACACCACAGCACCUACCACACCUUCACCUACACAGCCCCCUACCACACCACAGCCCCCCUACCACAGUUCACCUACCACAGUUCACCUACCACAGUUCACCUACCAUAGCUCACCUACCACAGUUCACCUACUACCCAGUCAAGUCAGAUCUGUGAAGGGGAUUGAACAAGAACAAAGGGGAGCAGACAACUUGUUGGAAUGAAAUGCGGCCGGGCUGUUACUUCUGUCUGGAUUGACUGAGAUUGACUGAGAUCAAACCCUGUGGUGGAGCGCUUUAGUGAAAUUGGUCACCUUGGAGACCAGCAUGUAGCAGAUCAGAGUGAGGAGAUGUGUGUGUGUGUGUGUGUGUGUGUGUGGGGGGGGUUCUCCACAUUGUGGGUUUGAUUUCAUUCUACCAUCACAUUAUCUUACCUAUUGACAGCAGUAGUAAAGCUAUGUUUUUCUUGCUACAUCUCCCCUCUUCAUGUUGUAUUGCUGAACUGUCUUUAUUGAUUCACUUGAGGGUAUAUUCAUAUUGUGUUAUUCAGUACAUGUGCAGUAGCUGGGUUCCAUAUCAGUAGUGAGGAAGCUGGAUGAUACUGGUGUGAGUUGUUAACAGUAUAUUUUGUAAUUAUUCUGUACUUUUACCAGAAUGUCAUUUUGCAUGCUCUUUGUUCUUAAACACAUUUAUCAUGAUCAAUGGAAGAUUCCUUAGUUUUAAUUAAGAGCUGUAAAAUCAGAAUCAGUGUUAGAUUGAACAUAUGGAUAUGAUUGAUGUUUGUGUGACACGUUGACUUCUAUCUAUUAAAAAGGUCUAGCUCUUC